AUGAUGCUGGUGGAGACUAUAAAAGAGGCCGAGAGCCCAGAAUCCGACGAUCAAUUUAUUACCGUCAAAAUGUGGCUGAUAACCUAUCUAGCCUACCUCCAACUAAAAAUCAGUGCCCUAAUCCUAAGGGUCCUAGUCAGACUAGUUGAAGGAACCUUCACCUCAAACCCAGAUGCAGUCCAUAACCUCCCAUCACGGGAUCCAAGACGCAAAAUCAAAGUCCAUAUCUACAAACCUUCACUAUCAAAGACGGACAUCCUAGAACCAAGACCUGUGUUGAUCAACUUCCAUGGAAGUGGGUUCGUCAUCCCAGCUCACGGUAGCGAUGACGCAUUCUGUCGAGAAAUCACCCAACGCACAAAUUACACUGUCCUAGAUGUUCAAUACAGACUCUCACCCGAGAACCCCUUCCCAGCUGCAGUGCACGACGUCGAAGACGUCGUCAAAUGGGUCCUGCAGCAACCCGCACAUUAUGAUCUCACUCGCGUAGCAGUGUCAGGCUUCAGUGCCGGAGGAAAUCUAGCAUUAGUCGCCGCAUCGACUCUAUUCCCGAAAGACACCUUUCGUUCUGUUAUUACUUUCUAUCCCAGUACUGAGGGCCACAAUGAUCCGGCUACAUUGGUUGCGCCGGAGGCGGGUGGGCGGACGAUCCCCGUAUCCACUAUGCGUCUUUUUGCGCGGUGUUAUGUUCAGGCUGAAGUCGAUAGACAGGAUCCGAGGAUUCUUCCUGUUUUUGCUGAUCCGGCGCGGUUUCCGAAGAAUGUUCUUGUUAUCACGGCUGGUUAUGAUAUUCUUGCUGAUGAGGGAGAAAGGUUAGCGGUGCAGCUGAAGAAGGAUCCGAAGAGGAAUGUUGUUUAUCAGAGGAUGCCGAAAUGUAAUCAUGGGUGGGAUAAGAAGGCUUUGCCUGGUACUCGGGAGUGGGAGCAGAAGAAUUUGGCUUAUGAUUUGGCUGUUGAGAUGCUUCGCUCGUAA